UCCUGCCCCAGACUGAGCUCCCAGCUCCUACUACAUCUACAGUAAAGUGGAGGUCCACAGUCAUCCGGAGUUACACAGCGCGUGCACUUCACCCCUUCACUCUGGGAAUAUAUUCUCUUGCAUCACUUUUUAUUUUAUUUCCCGAUGGUCCUUAUCCAGUAAACUGAAACUGCACAUCGGAUUAUUAUGAUUAGAAUUAACGCAAUCCUGUUCACAUGGCUUUGGGAGUGUUUUUCGUCAUAAGUGCCUCUGCGCGCGAGCAUCCGCCGUCCUGAAAGCGCGUGCAAGCAGCACUACCACCUGUUGCAUCUGCUUUCCAGUGGAAACUGGGGGGGAGAAAAGAAACACAAAGUAAAGGAAACUUCUCACGGAUAUAACAUACACUAUGAGUCCGUGAGCGCGCUGCUCGUCCGUCGCGCCAAGGUUUCACUUUAAUCUGAGUGACAGUGCAAGAAGUUAUUAUUAUUAUUAUUAUUAUUAUUAUUUUUUUAUUUUUAUUUCGUGCUUCUUGUACUUUUUGCCCACUUUUUGCCUGUGGAUCUGUGGAUCGCGCGCACGGUGGACAGCGUCCGAGCGGUAGAAUGAGGACUGAGGCGCGUGCACGAUGGCUCGGGAGGACUCGGUGAAGUGUUUGCGCUGUCUGCUUUACGCGAUCAACUUACUCUUCUGGCUAAUGGCUCUGUGUGUGCUGGGAGUGGCUGCUUGGCUUAGGGAUUACCUGAACAAUGUGCUCACCUUAACCGCAGACACCAGGCUGGAAGAAGCAGCGGUCCUCACAUACUCCCCUGCAGUCCACCCUGUUGUCAUCGCUGUGUGCUGUUUCUUAAUCAUCGUGGCUAUGGUGGGCUACUGUGGCACGCUGAAAUGCAAUCUGCUACUCCUCUCCUGGUAUUUUGGCAGUCUGCUGGUGAUCUUCUGUGUGGAGUUGGCCAGUGGCGUGUGGACAUAUGAGGAGCCAUCGGUGCAGAGGUCCGAUAUGAUCAGCCUGAAGUCGCGUAUGCCCAACUACGGCCUGCAGCGCUACCAGUGGCUGACACACGCCUGGAACUCAUUUCAGACUGAGUUCAAAUGCUGCGGCGUGAUCUAUUUCACCGAUUGGCUCGAGAUGACGGAGAUGGAGUGGCCACCCGACUCCUGCUGCUCCAAUCAGUACGCAGGCUGCGCUCGCCACGCCCACUACAGUGACCUGAGCGACCUCUACCAGGAGGGCUGCGGUCCAAAAAUAUACAGUUUCAUUCGAGGCACAAAGCAGCUGCAGGUCCUACGCUUCCUGGGCGUGUCUAUAGGAGUGGCGCAGAUCCUGGCCAUGACCCUGACCCUCACGCUGCUCUGGGCGCUCUACUAUGACCACAAACCUCCUGAUCCUGCUCCACCUGACACCCUUACACACACACACUGCCUUGCCGAGGAGUCCCAAAAACCUGGACACGGGUGCUUACGGACGUCUGACACCUGUGCUAAUGGACACAGCCAGUUUGAAAUGGAGCAGCUCUGCUAGCAAAAAAUUUACGCCAUGAAUGAAUUGCUUGGUUACGUUACAUCUUUGUUGUUUGUUUUUUUACAUAUAUGAAAAACCUAUGGAGACUGGAACUGCAUCUACAAAGGGGAUAAUGUAGCAGCACCAUAAACACAGCUAUAUAUUAGGAUGCUGUAAAACACUCAGAACAUACCACUAAAAGCUUUAAGUGAUGAGAACAUUGUGGAAGUCCACCUAAGAAGCUAUCUAGCCUUUUCCGUCUAUAACCACUAGAGAACUGAAGGAGAGCUACAAGUUUUAAUUAUGGUUGUUCAUAUUUCGUACCUGGACUUCAGGAUUUAAAGGGCUGUCCUUACUAGACAUGCACAUAAACUUGGGUCUUAACUGUUUUUAUAACGGUGCCUUUAUGAAUUUCUCUGCUAUGCUAAGCUUUAUUAUUUGGAUGUUCUAAAUAUAUGUCUUAAUUUACUAGCAUUAUGUAAAGUAUUGAACAGUUCUAGUCUAGUAGACAAUAAAAUGUUGCAGAACGGCUUUGCUAUGGGAAAAGUUUGAAACAGAAGCCGUGUUUUUUAAUGAUGUAGCAUGUACACUGAAGCGUGUGUGUGAAUUAUAGUUCAUUUACAAGAA